AUGGCUCCGACUCAGGAGGAAGGUGGCACGGAUGACCUGCAAUAUGGUGUGCUGGAUCUUCGGCGAAAGGCGAUGAUCGCCGAGGGCAAGCCGAUUGACCAUGCAGGCAGCAUCAUCGUGCAACGAGCUGAUGGCUUCGACCUGGACAAGACGAUCUUCAAGAGCGUCGACAAGAAGUUGCCACGAAUGAUGGCCCAGGAGCGACUUUCAGUGGAAGUGUACUGGUCGGAUCGAUCUACCACCCAGAUUUCCGAGUCUUUCAACAAGGUGCCUGCAGCACCUCGUUUCGAUGCGCCCAUCCUCGAGUUUAUGCAGACCGAGUGCAACUUCUGCAUGGAGCAUGCCGACGGCAGCUUCAUGGAUCACCUCAGGUUUUGCUUCGAGUACAGCAUGGUGCACUUCAAGGGGCACUCGCCGCGGGUGAUGUUCCUGCACAGCAUACUGGGUGUGGGGACAAACUACUUUCCCAUGGAGAAGGAGAAGAUACCAAAGCUUCGAGAGCUGCUGAACGAGGUGGAGAUGAAGCACAUCGAGGCUUUCCCAAGUAUCCUGCGACUUCUUUACCAUGGGCAGUUGAUGGACGAGCUCUUGGCCGACGCUGAAACCCUGCCGAAGACUUUGCAGUCCAUCUCCUUCCACCGGGUCAUCGACAACGAGGAGCUAGUGCUGACUGCUGACGAGUUCUGGGUAGCCUUGAACUACCAGCUCAUGCAUCAGCUGGACUUUCUGCCUGUGGCCAAUUGGGCCGAAGCCGUGGACGACCAGUUCUUCGUUUUCUUCCUGGGCCUGUAUGAGGUCCUCACCCGCGCAGGGAAGCUGGAGGCUGAGGUGAACUUCGACUUGAAGAUGGCGACGCCACCCUCGGACUUAGCAAGACCCAGCAUGACUCUUGGCAGGUUCAUCAACAAGAUUGUGCCAGGGACUGUCAAGAAGAACAUCGCCCGCCAGACCGUCGCUCGCUUCUCCGAGUUGAUCAACCACAGUUUGGACUACAAGCUCACGCUGUCGUCCCCAUGA